CUUAAACAAUAACAAAUAAUUAAAAAAACAUUAAACCAAAUAAGCAAUCUAUCAGUUAUAGACAAUGAAAACAUCAACAACAACAAGUUCAUAGUAUUUGACAAAAGACACAAUUUAUGAAAGAAUGUUUAAAAAUUUGUAUGCAAAUCGCGAAAUCUUGACGACUUUUCUGUUUAUAACCAUAGUUUAUCACAUUAAAGCCGCCACCAAUAGAGAUAAUUUCUGUUAUGCCCCCGAGUUUUUAGACACCUCAUGGUCAGAUCGUAGGCCUGACUUCGUAGUCAAUAUGACUUUUUCCAAACGUGGUACUAUAGCUUCAUUGACUUGGGUCAAUAGAGAUAUACUGGUGCCCAUUGUAAAAUUGAAAAUUUUACAAAAAGAGUUUAAUGAGAAAAUCACCAUUCUCUAUAAUGUCACGGCGCGUUUAUGCGAUUUACAGCAAUAUACCAGUAAGAUUUCUAUGUUUCAUCAGGCUUUACAAACGACUUUUAAACAGGGUAACUACUCCAUGUCAUGUCCCAUGAAAAAGGGUUUUUAUGUUAUGGAUAAUGUACGAGUUGGUUUGCGUAAUCCAUUGUUGAGCUUUUUACAUCGUCCCAAACUGUGUUAUACCAUUGAGGGCGGAUUGUACGAGGAAAUGCCGAAUAAGAGUGUGAUUGCUUUAACAACCUAUAAUAUUACAUUUAAAGUUGCGAGAAAGUCGUGCAAAGGAUCUUAGUUUAAUUAUAUGUAAUACUUGCUAUAUCCAGUGUGCUUCGCCACCAUAUAAACAAUAUAAAUAAUAAAC